AGGUGCCAGUCCCUGCCGGCCCGGCCCUGCCCGCUGCCGUGUCCAGGGACAGGCGAGGCGCUAGGGCGCGCAGUUCGCGCGGGCAGCGGCGGCGAUGCCGGACCCCGCUGCGCACCUGCCCUUCUUCUACGGCAGCAUCUCGCGCGCAGAGGCCGAGGAGCACCUGAAGCUGGCGGGCAUGGCCGACGGCCUCUUCCUGCUGCGCCAGUGCCUGCGCUCGCUGGGCGGCUACGUGCUCUCGCUGGUGCACGACGUGCGCUUCCACCACUUCUCCAUCGAGCGCCAGCUCAACGGCACCUACGCCAUCGCGGGCGGGAAGGCGCACUGCGGCCCCGCCGAGCUCUGCGAGUUCUACUCGCGCGACCCCGACGGGCUGCCCUGCAACCUGCGCAAACCGUGCAACCGGCCGUCGGGGCUGGAGCCGCAGCCCGGGGUCUUCGACUGCCUGCGGGACGCCAUGGUGCGCGACUACGUGCGCCAGACGUGGAAGCUGGAGGGCGAGGCCCUGGAGCAGGCCAUCCUCAGCCAGGCGCCCCAGGUGGAGAAGCUCAUCGCCACCACGGCUCACGAGCGGAUGCCCUGGUACCACAGCAACCUGACCCGCGAGGAGGCCGAGCGCAAACUCUACGCGAGCUCGCAGACCGACGGCAAGUUCCUGCUGAGGCCCCGGAAAGAGCAGGGCACGUACGCACUGUCUCUGAUCUACGGGAAAACCGUGUACCACUACCUCAUCAGCCAGGACAAGGCCGGCAAGUACUGCAUACCCGAGGGGACCAAGUUUGACACGCUCUGGCAGCUGGUGGAGUACCUGAAGCUGAAGGCCGACGGGCUCAUCUACUGUCUGAAGGAGGCCUGCCCCAACGCCAGCGCCAGCGCCAGUGCCGGGGCCGCUGCUCCCACCCUCCCUGCCCACCCAUCCACCUUCACCCAUCCUCAGAGACGGAUUGACACCCUCAACUCAGAUGGAUACACCCCUGAACCAGCACGCCUAGCGUCCCCCGAGAAGCCGCGGCCCAUGCCCAUGGACACGAGCGUGUAUGAGAGCCCCUACAGCGACCCCGAGGAGCUCAAGGACAAGAAGCUCUUCCUGAAGCGCGACAACCUGCUCGUAGCGGACAUCGAACUUGGCUGCGGCAACUUUGGCUCCGUGCGCCAGGGCGUCUACCGCAUGCGCAAGAAGCAGAUCGACGUGGCCAUCAAGGUGCUGAAACACAGCACGGAGAAGGCCGACAAGGACGAGAUGAUGCGCGAGGCGCAGAUCAUGCACCAGCUGGACAACCCCUACAUCGUGCGGCUCAUCGGCGUCUGCCAGGCGGAGGCCCUGAUGCUCAUCAUGGAGAUGGCGGGCGGCGGGCCGCUGCACAAGUUCCUCAUCGGGAAGAAGGAGGAGAUCCCCAUGAGCAACGUGGCGGAGCUGCUGCACCAGGUGUCCAUGGGGAUGAAGUACCUGGAGGAGAAGAACUUUGUGCACCGAGACCUGGCGGCCCGCAACGUCCUGCUGGUGAACCGGCACUACGCCAAGAUCAGCGACUUCGGCCUCUCCAAGGCGCUGGGCGCCGACGACAGCUACUACACCGCCCGCUCGGCGGGGAAGUGGCCCCUCAAGUGGUACGCGCCUGAGUGCAUCAACUUCCGGAAGUUCUCCAGCCGCAGCGAUGUCUGGAGCUAUGGGGUCACCAUGUGGGAGGCCUUCUCCUACGGCCAGAAGCCCUACAAGAAGAUGAAGGGGCCCGAGGUCAUGGCCUUCAUCGAGCAGGGCAAGCGGAUGGAGUGCCCGCCAGACUGUCCGCCUGAAAUGUAUGCACUUAUGAGCGACUGCUGGACCUACAAGUGGGAGGACCGCCCGGACUUCCUGACUGUGGAGCAGCGCAUGCGGACCUACUACUACAGCUUGGCGAGCAAGGCUGAGGACCCCCCGGAGGGUGGGAAGGGGGCCAAGCCUGCCAGUGCCUGAGCCCCCCUGCCCAGGGCCUGCAGGCCCCCAGGCCCAGCCUUUCCUCUGUGCCUUCAGCCCCAUCCCAGGACCCAGUGUGGCUGGGCCAGGCCACUUCCUCCCCGCAGCUGGGCUGUGAGUGGAAGCUGAGGCCUAGGCCCACACUGGUUAGGCAUGUCCUACCUGGUCACCCAUCCUUUCUGGCUGGGGGAGGAGGGGUGCCCUGAG